AUGGCUUCUUCGCACGAUUACAAUGCCGCUGACUUGACCUCCGUCCUCCGAACGCUAUCCGCGCUAUCAACCCCUGCCCUUCCCCCGCAAGACCCGCCCCAUCCAAUCCAUCCCGACCAUGAUGCAUACGAACCGACCGACGCGCUGCCCCCAGCUCCCGUACCAGCACCAACACCGUCGGAGUCCUCUACAAAACGCUCCGGUCCAGAUCCCACGUCUCAACCAUCACGACCUCGAGCAACCGGUAACCCCGCUGCUACGCUCGGGGACACAUCCUCCAUCACCACCUGGCCGGCUGCAUUGCGACAUGUGAUGCGCGCGGUGUCGCAGAGCGAAGACCUCCUGCAGCGGAUCCGCUGGCUGAUCCAACGGCAACACGACCACGAAAAGCAAUGGUGGCAGGGACGAGAGGCCCUGUUGAAGAAGCAGAGGGCCCGCGUCGACAAGAAGAAGGAAUUGGAUGACGUCUUGUGA